UAUAAUCCUACUCUAUGGUGAGUAUUUAAAGAUGUUUUGUGAUAUAUAAAAAAUUAUUUAAUAUUAUGUACUCAUAAUAGCUGUUGUAUGUGGUGUUUUAUCAAGUUCCAAGUUGUGAUAACCAUUUUCCAAAAAGAACAAGCUGAAAAUCUUGAAUAAACAUUACCUAUAGUACCUAUAUUAAAAAAUAUUUCAAGGCAUGGAGAGAGACGAACAAGAACAAGACUGUGCAAUUUGUUUACAAAAAUAUCACCACCCUGCACAGUUACCAUGCGGCCAUGUCUUUUGUUUCCUUUGUGUGAAGGGUAUUGCAAUACUUAGCAAGAAGUGUGCUAUAUGCCGCACACAAAUACCAGCAGACUACUUUGAUCAUCCAGUUCUGUUAGAUAACUUUAAUACAGAGGAAACUUUAGAAACAGAAAAUGAAAAAUAUCACUGGUAUUAUGAAGGACGAAAUGGUUGGUGGAAAUAUGAUGAGCGAAGUAACAUUGAUAUUGAAUCUGCUUACAACUCCAAUGAAACAGAGUGUUUACUUCUACUGGCAGGCACAUUGUACUGUGUGGAUUUUGAAAACAAGGUUCAAUUCCGUCGCAGCGAUCCCACGAAACGUCGUCGAAUAAAACGAGACUUACCCACCUUACCAUCCAAAGGUAUAGCAGGAAUUAAAAUAAUAGAUACAAGACAAACAGAGGAUUUAGAAAGUACAACUGAUGUCGAUACUAACAACAUUGAAAAUGCAGAGCGUGGAAAUGAUGUAAUAUUAGUAGCAAACGUAAGCGUCAGUAGCAGCAGCGAGGAUGUACCACCCACCAGUACCACAGCCUCUCAAGCCGUCCACACAAUUGAUGAUCUUGCAGAUAGACUGAGCAAUAUUGCAAUACAAAGAGAAGAGCAAUCAAGAAGAGAUGAGGAAAUUGUCUUACAAGAUAAUGCAGAGAACAUAUGACAACUUUUGUACAAUACUAGCUUAGCCUGCAUAGCAUGAGUACAUCGGCGUAACUUAUAAAAGUGGUAGUUGGUAAGGACUAAGGAGGGACGCCGCUGCGCCGGAGCGACAAUAUUGUCAGGCGGCAUCCUCUAUAUUCCAUGUUGCCCGAGUUUGCAAAGUUGUAAAGUCGUUGGCACAUGUGAUUGAGUUAAAUUCGCAUUAGAGUUCAAAAUCAAUAUAAUGUAGGUUAGUAUUUAUUUUUAAAGUAAAAUUCUAGACGCGAUUUGAGAGAUUGUUUUUUUGUAUGAAAUUAACUCAGAUCGUUUUUCGGGCGGAAGUGACGUUCAAAUUUCAAACGUCAUUUCACCCAAAAUGGCCGCCAAACAGAUCAGCUAUCUUGAGGCGCCAUCUUUCAUCGAGGUGGUACCAAGUACCUACAGCGAUCGCAAAGAAAAUAGUCCAAUCUAAAGUUGUAACAUAGUGGUUUGCGCAGGACAUAGACUAAGAAUUAAAUACACAUAAGAAUUUUUGAUACAUUAGCAGUCAUUCGCCUUGUGUUCAGAUUGGACUAUUUGUUUUGCACGCACAAUAGCUAUUUUAAACGAAGCUUCUUAUUAUGCUGAGAUGUACAAGAUUAUGAUGAAAAAACCUUCGCGGACUCACUUAAAAAAAAAACCCACAUGAGUUUAUUCAUACAAUUUAUUUCAACCGCUUCUAAAGAUUACACACAUUAAUUGUUAAAAUAAUAAAUUAUUAUGCAUGGUCAAUUAAUUCAACUAUUAAUUUAUAUGCAUGUACAAUGAUAAUUAUUAUUUAUUAAUAUUAUAAGCCUUGUAGAACCCUAUGCACGAUAGGAAUGUACAUAUAGACAUUUUACUAAUAUUUACAUGUAUUAGAUAUACAAAAUUGAGAAGUGAGUGUAGUCACAAUGCAUGUUAAAAAACGUUGUUAUAAAAUUAAAUGGUUUUAUUAAAAGCUAGAAUUUUA